UGUUGACUUUGGUUGUUGUGGUUACGUGCUUGUCCCGGAAGUUGCUAUUUAAACGCGUCUUGGAAUCAUGGCUAAGCAAAGCUGGAUCGAUGUUCUAAAAUCAGCAAAUAAAACGGCAUUGAUUCACGACGGAAAGAGAAAGAUCCAUUACCUCUUUGCAGAUGGAAAAGAAAUGGCUGAAGAAUAUGAUGUGAAGACAGAUGAGCUCAUUGUAAGAAAGUGGCGCCACAAAAGCACACUGGGAGUUCAAAGCUUCUGGCAGGUGGAAGUCGGAGAGCCAUUUAACGUAACUGCAUCUCUGGACUCGGAUGUGAUUAAAGAAAAUUGUUCCAAUCCCGUUUUCAUGCGUAAAGACACAAAAACCAGCUUUCAGUGGAGAGUCCGUAACCUUCCCUACCCCAGAGAUGUCUUCAGUGUUUCAGUGGAGCCUCCUGAGAGAUGCGUCAUCAUCAAGACCUCAAAUAAAAAAUAUUAUAAGAAGUUCACCAUUCCUGAUCUGGAUCGAAGCCAGCUGCCCCUUGAGAGGUCUGCGCUCAGCUUCACGCACGCCAACAACACUUUAAUUAUCAGCUACGCGAAGCCCAAAGACGUCCUGAGCUUGGAGACGGAAGUCCUGAGGGAGCUGAAGAAGCUGAAGGGGGCGGCUGAAGGAGACGCCGACUGUAAAACUCAGUGAAUUCUGACUGUGAGCAAAACAACAACCAAGGACGGCCGCUGCACUGUCAGCUCACACAGAAGCUGUUGUUAGUUUGUUUAUUUAACCGUCAGUGCCUUGUUUCAGGUUUUAGCCCUCUGAUUGUGACGAUUUUCAUCAUUUUAGUUGUGGAAGUAAAGGACAUGAACAUGUUUGUUGAAUUUGUUUUUCUGAAUAUAAAAACGUUUGAAUGUCA